UAAAAACAGCAAAAGCAUUUACUAUCAAUGUCAUGAUAACUUUUAAAAAUAAUUAUAGCUUUCAAAUAAAAUUGGCAAACAAAAUUUUAGUUCGAAAUACUGCUUCCUUUUCUGAUCUUUGAUAAAAUCUUGACUAUUCCCAUGAUAUGCUUAGGAGAAGGCCUGAUUGAAGCAUCGUUCGAUUCUGCAAGACUAUGACAAACCAGUUAACUACCAAGUUGGAUACAUAUUCAAUUUGAAAAACUACUUUUAUAUUAGUCAUUUAGUAGUUUAUUUUUAUAUAAUUCGAGUAUCCCCUAAUGGUAGGAAGUUGACAAUAAUUAGACAGAAGAUCAUUUAGUAUCACAUAACUUCUAAGCGUCAUUCUACUUUGCUCUGAAAAUAGGAAAAAAAAAAAAACGUUCAAAACUAAAUAAUGUCACCUCAGGACAUAAAAUUGGCGAAUUUUUUAGUAGCCAAUAAGGUCUCGGAUGACAACAAGAAAAUCAUACCACGCUGGUGGAGCGGUGGAAUAUCUGGUGCCUGUAGCCAAUGUAUAGUUGCACCUUUUGAUCUACUGGAGACUCAAAUGAUUUUUCUUAGGAAAGACAUGACAAUGGUUGACUAUGUUAAAAUAGCAAUAAAAAAACAUGGAUUUUUAUCACUGUAUGACGGUCUGAGCGCCCAACUUUUACGACAGCUAUCUUAUACGACAUUACGAUUCCAUCUGUACCAAGUGGGAAAACGAUACGUCGAUGAAUACAAUUUUCUACACAAGGUUUGUGUGGCGAGCCUAUCUGGCUUAGUGGCUGGGAUUGUCGGAAUACCUUGUGAACUGGUUAACACUCGCAUGCAUGUGGAUCGGUUGCUAAAAGUGAAAUAUAGGCGAAAUUAUAAAAAUGUCUUUGAUGGUCUGCAUAGAAUAUGGCGGGAUGAGGGUUUUAGGGCGCUUUAUACGGGAGGCUUAUGUUCUUUCACUCGUGCCACAAUUAUUAAUAUUGGACAGAAUGCGAUGUAUGAUCAGAGCAAAAUGAUGUAUACGCAUUACUAUGCGUGGAACGAAGAUAGUAAAAUCCUGCAUAUAACAAGCUCACUCACUGCAGCCGUUUUGUGUGUUCCCUUGGUUCAGCCCAUCGAGAUACUUAAAACGAUGCAAAUGAACAGAACGACCGGUUAUUUAACCACAACCUCAGAAAAGAUUACGUAUAUGAUGCGUUUCGGUAUCAGAGGUUUAUUUCGUGGCAUUAUGCCAAAUUUGUUACGCAUGAUUCCGCAGACAAUUAUUAUGUUUCUUUUGUAUGAGCAGUUACGAUUUCAAUUUGGCUAUUAUGAAUAAUAUAUGCAUACAAUUUUCUUAUACUAAGUUUUUAGAAAAUAAAAAAACUCUUUUAAACUUAA